AUGGCAAUUGAUAAGCCUGACUCAUCUAACUUUAUUGGAUUUCCAAGAAGUGUUUCAGAAAUAAUUUACAAUUGUUUCGAUUAUCAUCAUAAACCAGGUAAUAAUAAUUUUACAAAAUUAGAGAAUAAUAUGACUAAUUCCAUACAUGAAGACAGCGUUAUGAUUCAUGGGGAUACAAUUGAAAUAACUUAUUUAAAUGAAACAUAUUCGAGAUCAAUUAACUCUUAUUGUCCGAUAUUACGAAGUCAAUCAACAGUUGCACACAUAAGUAUGGCAGUAGCUUCAAUUACUAUGUUCGCUCACUUUAUCAUGGUGUUCUCUGUAAAUAAAAGUUUGAGAAGACUUUAUGGGAAUUGUUUGUCGCUUAUUAUUUUAUUCAGUUCACUACAUAAUGGAGUCUUAUUUUUUAGUGCAUACAUGCCAUCAACAAUUAGUUUCAAUAUGACUAAUAAAGAAGUAACUUAUUUUACUAGAGAAAAUAUGUUUUUUAACUGCCGAUUCAUGGAUUUCCUAACACAUUAUCUUAUUCUGUCUAUAUAUCUUGGAAUAUUUUUCGGUCUGUUUGAGCACCAUUUACAAUUGAAUCAUUGUUACAAGCAUUCAUCCAUCAAAACAAAAUCAUGGAAUUUCAAAUCACCUCACUGUUUGUGGAAAAAACAGAAAUGUCCAAGUACAUCUUGUCAAAAAGCAAAGUAUAAUGAUUGGUUUACUAAUUCAUGUGCAAUAACUGGUGUUCCGAAGGGCAAUUUUGUUAGAAAAUUUCAAUGUGUUAUAACACAACCAGAAGCUAAAUUCAAAACAGUUCGAUCAUUAGAGCGAAUUAAGAAAGAUCAAGAAAGAAAAACAAGAUUUGUAGCACUGAAAGAUGGAUAUUCCAGUCAUCAGAGCAAUAUAAUUCCACGUGUCAUUAAUAAUGAUGUAAGGAUGCAUAAUAAUCGUAUGCGGAAUUUCAUUGUAAUAAGCGCUAUUGUUUGUUUACCAAUUUUUCCAACAACCUAUGGAAUUUGGGCUUCAUAUUAUUUAAAUUUGAAUAGCAUAUGGAAUCCUGCUUAUGGAAUUAUUACAUGCGGCAAUCUAGGUGGUUGUUUAACUGCUUACCAAUGGUUGAUGCAUAUACCAGUUGCUUUUUUAUGUUUUGCAUCUAUUGUUCUUAUUAUUUUAAUAUCAAUUAAAACUGAUACAAAUUGUCUUAUACAAGCUCAUUUUUCAUCACAAUCAGUGGAUGUGAAAGCACGUUUUCGAAUGUUUAGCAAAAUGGCGAUAAGUCAUACCUUCUUAUGGAUACUUGCAUUCAUAUCAAAUUAUAUAUGUCAUACUAUUGUAUGGCAAUUCUACGGAAUUUUUAUAGCUUUACAAAGUCUUUAUAUUAUUGUUAGUUUUACAUUUUCACGACCAUUUUUAGAAGUAUUAUUUAAACGUGAUGAUCCAUUAGGACGUUUAAAACUAGAUAAUUUAGCUAUGCAAUUACCUUUGGGCGUGUUUCACAGUCAUAGAUCAAUUCCAGUGUCAUCAAAUGUAGGUAGCUCAGUUAUAAGUCCACUUAGUAAAUAA